GCCGCCGGCCGCCGCAUGGGGCCGCGCCCCGCCGCCCGCCCCGCCGCCCUGGCGCUGCUGGGCCUGGCCGCCGCCGCCGCCGUGUCGCUGCCGCUGCCCGACGCCGGUCCGCACGUCAACUACGGCUGGGGGGAGCCGAUCCGGCUGCGGCACCUCUACACCGCCAGCAAGCACGGGCUCUUCAGCUGCUUCCUGCGCAUCGGCGGGGACGGCCGGGUGGACGCCGCCGGCAGCCAGAGCCCGCAGAGUCUGCUGGAGAUCCGCGCCGUGGCCGUGCGCACCGUGGCCAUCAAGGGCGUGCGGAGCUCCCGUUACCUCUGCAUGGACGAGGCGGGGCGGCUGCACGGGCAGCUCAGGUAUUCCACUGAGGAUUGUUCCUUUGAAGAGGAGAUUCGUCCAGAUGGCUACAAUGUAUAUAAAUCAAAAAAAUAUGGAAUAUCGGUGUCUUUGAGUAGUGCCAAGCAAAGACAACAGUUCAAAGGAAAAGAUUUUCUUCCGCUAUCUCACUUCUUACCUAUGAUCAACACUGUGCCCGUGGAGUCAACAGACUUUGGUGAAUACGGUGAUUACAGCCAGGCCUUUGAACCAGAGGUGUACUCCUCGCCCCUCGAAACGGACAGCAUGGACCCCUUUGGCAUCACCUCCAAACUCUCGCCAGUGAAGAGCCCCAGCUUUCAGAAAUGACUCUGAUCCCACACGUGUUUUUGAAGAAAUAUUGCAGAAUACUGCAGGGUUUUUAGCUUUUCAUGUAGUGGUAUUUUGAACUUUUCUGUAUAUUUCAGUAUGGAGCCAGCUUUUUCCUUGCAAUGUGUUGUACCUGUAAGAGAUGAGUGCCCAGAGGCUAUUCUAUAGUCUAAAGAAUUGCCUAGCCAUAGUUUUAUUUGGAAAAGAAGGAUUAAAUAAGGAAAGCUUAGUAGCUUCAUCAGAGUUCCUCCAUUACCAGGGUGAUGAUAAAAUAAUUACAAUUUUUUCUACAUCAACUUCCUUACCACAUAAGUUCACCUGUUGUUUCUGCUCAUAUGAACAAAUGCAGAAAACAUCUUCCUCUUCAGAGGCCUUAAAGACAAGCAUUUGGAAGAAAACACGGUUAAGGAAAAGCUAGUAAAUGUGGUUACAUGAACUAGAGUGAACGUCGUUUCUUGCAAAGCUGCUGAAAAUGUUCUGGGAAAACUUUCUACGGAAAGCAUACCACUGAAAAAACAGUUCUGCUUGUAUAUUGUGCUUUUUCUUCCCUUAGGAAAUAAGGGAAGAAAGGGGAAAAUUUCUUCCUUCCCUUAUUGCUAUAAGGUACUUGGUAAAACUAGAUCUUUGAUUUCUUUUAUAGGCUAAUUUAUGCUCACUGUGGCAUCAGCAUCAUGGAGUGGAGAGUUUUCAUUAACAUUAGUGAGAGCUUAGGGUGCGGUUGGAAGAGUGCACAGAAUGCUAGUUUGUGUUCGUCAGGUAGGGAAUGAGCAGUUCAAAUUAGUGUUUAAAUUAAAAUUCUGUUGUAUGUAAGCAUGUAUGUUAUCAGCAAAUGGAGAAAAAGACUGAACAUGGAUGAUGUGUAGGUCAAAUCGGUUGCAAAAUAGGCUUUUGUGUCUAACCUUUAACCAUCAGCAAUUCUUUCAAGUCCCUUCCAGGCUUAAUUCUGUGUCCAUGGGAAUUGGUGGAGGGAGAGUUUAGUGAUUUAAAUGCUGCAGAACUGGGUCAGCCCCACCGUUCUUCUUGCAGGAAGGGAUUAUGAAUACUUCAUGGCCGAGAUGGAUGGCUGACGUCUUCAGUUCUGUUCUCCUGUAGUAAAAAUUUGAUGAAGGAAUAACCACGGUGAAACCAAAGAGGAAAAAAAAAGAAGGGAAAAAAAAAAAAGCAAUGUGAGAAAAGGGUUCAGGGAUUUUACUCAUUUCCAAAGGUUCCUUUAUAAUAGAGAUUUCUAUACAAAAAAAGCUCUACUGGAAAUACUGGUGUUCUUCUGACCUAGCACUUCAUUGCCAAUGCAAUAUUUAUAAUUAAUUUAUUGAAUACGUACAUCUGUUUAUUUUGUUACUGUUAUUUAUGCUCAAAAUUCUAUUUAUAUACUCCUGAAGGUGGGUUUUUUAGUUGUAACAAAUUUUGUGGAGUUUUGUAAUCAUGAUAUUUUAGCGGACGAUAGCUUUUUAAAUUUCUGUGCAUUAUCAGUAGUGUAAUGUGUACAUUUGCAAUAAAAAAAGAAAUCAUCUUCAA